CCCUUUCACGGUUCGUCUGAUCGCUGCCCUAGCCAAACCGAACGCUCCUCUUCUUCCUUGCGAAGGAUCAACCCGAGCUCUCCUCUCCCUGCGAACCGAUCCCGACCGAGCGGCCCUCCGAUUCUCUCCUCUCGAAGUUUCGGCUCGAGGUCCCCUCUUCCCCGUGCCCUGCGAAAAGCUUCCACCCUGCCGCUCUGCCUAAAAGCCUUUCCUUGUCACCACGGGCACUACCUACCUUUGUCGCCACUCGCCUCGUCACGAUCGGUCUCGGCUCACCUCCCAGUUCAUCUUGUGUUUGCUUGAGGUCUUUUAGGGUUCUGUGUUCUGUUUUGGCAAAGCUUGAGAAAGCUUUGAUAGGUGGAGGUGCUGCCGAUUUUGUUGGGGUUCGUGUUCUUUGAACCAGCUUCAAGAGCUUUCGAUAAAAAGUUCCAAGGAGUACCACGAAAGAAUUAUUGACCUUGGGACCGAAUUGUGCAACUAACGCAAACUCCAACAAGCUCACUCAAUAUGGAGCUAUUAGCUCUCAGCCCAGGCUCCUUCCAAUGGCUCUUUCCCAGGAACCCUAAACGCGGCACUGAUCCUCAGAUACGAAAGAAGAGAUGUAGUGGAUGGAGAAUCCAAGUUUCAAUAGCGGAUUCUGGGGAGUCUGGUCAGAAGCACACAAAAAUAGUCACAUUUCUCGGCAAGGGAGGCUCCGGCAGGACCACUGCCUCGGUUCUCGCUGCCAAGCUGUAUGCUAAGGAAGGACUGCAAACUUGUUUGGUAAUACAUUCACAAGAUAUUAUUACUGUUGAGCAGCUGAUGGGUUGCACAAUUGGAGAUUUUCCAACCAUGAUUUCAGAGAAUCUAUUUGCUGUUCAAUUGCGAACAAGUAAGAUGCUUCUUGAACCUCUUGAUCGAAUGAAGAAAGUAGAUGCUCGUAUGAAUUUAACUCAAGGAAUUCUUGAAGGGGUAGUAGGAGAAGAACUUGGUGUUCUUCCAGGGAUGGAUUCUAUCUUUUCAUUCUUAGCACUUCAAAAAUAUGGAAAUCUAUUUUCAAGAGGGAGGGAUUACUCAAAGAAAGAGUUUGACAUUGUUAUAUACGAUGGUAGUAGUUCUGAGGAUACAUUGCGAUUGGUUGGUGCAACUGAAAGAGUAAGAUGGUAUCUAAAAUAUGUUCGGAACAUAGCCGAGAAGACAGACAUUGGAAGACUGACUGCCCCCUCCUUCUUGAGGCUAGUAUAUGAAUCUGCUGCGAUAAAUCCAGGGUCAGUGGAAGGGAAAACAAGUACUGCUAUAUGGAAUGAGAUUGAACAAAUUCUAGAGGAAGCGUCAGCAUAUUUUCGUGACUGUUCAAGGUUUAGAUGUUACCUUCUGAUGGACCCAAGCAGACCGUUGUCAGUCAUAUCUGCUUUACGCUAUUGGGGUUGUGCAAUACAAGCUGGGACUAAUAUUUAUGGUGCAUUUGGCUUUGCCCUGAAGUUUUCCUCUGCCACCCAGGAAACAGUAGAGAGAAUGUCUCCUUUGUCUUUUACUCUGCUUCCAUUUAUUUCCUCUUACUCCUCUUUAGAUUGGGAUGAAAUCCUCAACUCUUUUAGCAAAGAUGCAAGCAACCUACUUCUUGGUAAUACGAUUUCUCUUCAUUCAUUAGUAUUAUUUGAUCACAAACAAAAGUCUGUUACCCUUUUUCUUCCUGGCUUCAACAAAUCUGAGAUCAAGUUGUACCAGUAUAGAGGGGGUGCAGAGCUACUGGUAGAAGCAGGGGAUCAAAGACGCAUCAUCCAGUUGCCUCCUGGUAUGCAAGGAAAGGUUGCAGGUGCAAAGUUCAUUAAAAGAAGCCUUGUGGUUACCCUGCGAUAACACUCUUCACAAUGCUUUGCCAACCAUUCCAAUUGCAAUUCAGCGGAUUUCCAUCUUCUUUUCUUUUGUCAUCCUAUUAUUUAAUAAGUUUCCUAUUUUUGGGUACCAUCCGAUCACAUGGGAUAUUUAUAUAAUUGAAAGUCCUACAAUUUUGGUUCCUGCGAGUUUUCUAACUGUUGUUUUUAUUUUGAAAUCUGUGUAAUAUUUAGAAAAUACGGUUAAGAUUUGCUUAUAUAUGCCAAA